UUUCAAACGGCUGAUCCAAACGGAAUAAAAACUUUGACACUAGCCUUGUUUUCACUCGAUGCUUUUCUUUUCAUUCUGAACAAUUAAAAAUAAAAUCUAGAAAAUAAAUCAGUUCAAUUUAUUCAAUUUGAUUUUACAUAAGACCUCUAAAUCGCUUUUAGCUUUGAAAGUUUUGACGUUUCAAACAAAAAUAUGACUGCCUAUUACUUUGAACGGAUAAGUGAUAAUAUGCAUUAAUCAAAACGUGACAUUUUCGUGUAGCCUACAAUUCUCUUUAUUAAAUGCGAUUUAGAAAAGAUACAGCAUUCGAGGGACAAGGGGAACAAAUAGCAAAUAGAACACUGGUGUUAGUUUUAAUUCGAAAAGAGCGCUUAAUUACAGAUUGUGAACAGGGGAGUCGAGGUAACCUUGCAGUUGCCGUCUUAACCAUCAUGGUAAAAUAGCCUACAAAUACAGUUCACGUACUGUAGCCUAUUUUGUGAAUGUUUUCAAUUGCCCCAAAUUGUUUUUGUAUCCAAUGAAAGAUAUUUCAGAUGAAACUUGUACAUCUGUGUUUAGUUUCUUUUUUAAUCAUUCUUUUUCUUAAAUCAGUCUUCUCUCGCUUUGCAUAGGCCUACUCAAUCUUAUCCUGGAGCGGGAAUAAAGUCUGUGAGAAUGACGGAGGGUAAUGUAGAGGGAAAGGCCGUUUGCACUGACCGGUCUCCACAGCAGGAGCAGUGCAUGAAGCUGAAGAAGGAAAUCUCCCUGCUGAACGGCGUCAGUCUGAUCGUGGGGAACAUGAUCGGGUCCGGCAUCUUUGUCUCCCCCAAGGGCGUGCUGAUACACAGCGCCUCCUAUGGGCUGUCGCUGGUCAUAUGGGCCAUCGGGGGCUUCUUCUCCGUGAUCGGAGCCCUGUGUUACGCCGAGCUGGGCACCACCAUUACGAAAUCCGGCGCCAGCUACGCUUACAUCCUGGAGUCGUUUGGCGGCUUCGUCGCCUUCAUCCGGCUGUGGACGUCUCUGUUGAUCAUCGAGCCCACCAGCCAGGCGGUCAUCGCCAUCACCUUCGCUAACUACUUGGUGCAGCCCCUCUUUCCUACUUGCGAGCCGCCCUACUCCGCGUGCCGCCUAAUCGCUGCUGCCUGCAUCUGUCUUCUUACGUUCAUUAAUUCAGCUUAUGUGAAGUGGGGCACCCGAGUCCAGGACGUCUUUACCUACGCCAAGGUCCUUGCCCUGAUCAUGAUCAUCAUCACAGGCAUAGUGAAGCUGGGUCAAGGGUACACAGCAAAUUUUGAGGAUUCAUUCCAGGGCUCCACACGUAACCCUGGCAACAUCGCUCUGGCUCUUUAUUCCGCUCUCUUCUCCUACUCUGGCUGGGACACCCUCAACUUUGUGACCGAAGAAAUCGAAAACCCUGAGAGGAACCUUCCGCUGUCCAUCGCAAUCUCCAUGCCAAUCGUGACUGUCAUCUACAUCCUGACCAACGUGGCCUAUUACACAGUGCUGGACAUGAGCUCCAUCCUCGCCAGCGAUGCCGUCGCAGUGACGUUUGCAGACCACACCCUUGGCGUGAUGAGCUGGACCAUCCCCAUCGCCGUGGCUCUCUCCUGCUACGGGGGCCUCAACGCGUCUGUUAUCGCUGCCUCUAGGUUGUUCUUUGUGGGUUCCCGUGAAGGACAACUGCCAGACGCCCUAUCCAUGAUUCACGUGGAGCGAUUCACUCCAAUUCCUGCUCUCCUCUUCAACUGUGCCAUGACAUUAGUCUACCUGACUGUGGAGGAUGUUUUCCAGCUGAUAAACUACUACAGUUUCAGCUACUGGUGUUUCGUUGGGCUGUCUAUCGCGGGACAGAUCUACUUACGGUGGAAGGAACCGGAUCGUCCCAGGCCUCUCAAACUGACUCUGCUGUUCCCCAUUGUGUUCUGUCUCUGCACCGUGUUCCUGGUGGCCGUGCCCCUCUACAGUGACACCAUCAGCUCCGUCAUAGGCAUCAGCAUUGCCCUCUCUGGGGUCCCUGUCUACUUCCUGGGGAUCCACCUUCCAGUAUCCAAGCGACCGCCAGUUAUCAGCAAGCUGCUGUGUUGGGUCAAUCGGAUCACCCAGUUCACCUUUUUCUGCGUGUUGACUGAAAUGGACACUGGUGACUAGCCCUGCCCCCUGGAAUGUCUUCAUCUGAGUUACCCAGGAGUCUUUAUGCUUCACAGUCUCUUCAAGACACUACACAUGUAUUUCCUACUGACUUCCACUGCCUUCUAAAAACUGCUAUUCACAUACAAAGUAUAGUACAGGUAGGAUGCAAAAACACACCUGGGAAAAGGAUGGACAAAAAUAUAUGCAAAUUAGAGGCUACAACACAGGUGUGGCUCACCAUUAAUUAAGCAUUCAUUAAUUCUGAAGAGACCUGGCUACCUGGUUGUGGUUAAUGUUUGGUGAGAGGUUCAUUGACCAAGACAACUGAACUUACUGAUGGUUCAAAAGCAAUGGUGUCUAAAGUGAUGUCAUCAUGGAGCUCCAAGGAAAGGGCAUUGUCAGCAACAGACAACACUGGGCAGUAGCACAUAUUCCAGGACAAUGAUGUCUGUGCAUUACCUGGAAGUGCACGGCAAAACAGAUAAGUGCCUAACUGUGAAUUUCAGCCUAGCUAAGAACAGCCAGCUUCAUCAAAAUCAGCGGUAUUUCAACACUCUUUUUAAUGACUUCACAUUGGUGUUUCCUUUUUGGUUCACUACCUGCAUAUACUUCAGGGCUUUACAUUGGCACAAAACCUGUGUUUCCAGAACCAUUUUCUAGUAUUUAUGUUUAUUUGUUAACCUGCUGAUUCAGGAUACAGGGCCAGUAAAUGCAGGAGUUGACCAUCUCCAACAGCUGUCUGUGCUCUGCUUCCUGUGACUUGCGAAGGCUUGUGCCAGAACACAUUUUACCGUGAGAAUUAUGAGCAUCUUCUGUGAAACCAGGCUGGACAAGGAGCUAAGAUCUCAAGUCUGCUGUUCAAAAUUUUGGUGGUUGUUUUUCCUGUACAAACAUUAUUACGGAGAUACAACGCUGCUGAUAUCUGUUUAACGAAAUAAUUUGAUACCAUUAUCAUAAAAUGAGCCUGGUUUAGUGUUUGUGUAUACACAAAAUGUUUUCAUAUUGGCAAAAUAUUUUUUUAUUUAAACAAAGUAAUUUUUAACGUGUACUUGGAUGGAGUCCCUGAAAACCCAUGUCUGUUCAAUGCUUAGAAUAGGGAGCACAAAUAAAAAAUAAAACA